GAUUUAGUUGCUAACCCUGAAAGUCACUUGAUGCAAGUUUCGGUUGCUUGUGGAAAAACAUCAGAGUGUACCAAAUCUAAAGGACCUAAAGUAUCACGAUGAGAGGAGGGAAAAGGUUGUUGGAUGGAUUUGCCAAGUUGGCAAGAUUCACAAACAACAUCCUUUUGCACAGAACCAACAAGUGGCAAUUUAGAAUUACAUAAGAAUAUAAAUGUGGAGAAUGAUGAAAUUAUUGCACAUGCACUUCAAGAAAUAUUUUCACACCUUGCUUCUGUAGAAGCAUCAGGAUCUUUGUGUGCUGAGAAUGAGCAAAUGCAAGCAUCUGUUCUUGCACAGGGUUGGAUUUCUCCCUCUAGAAGACACAGCGGCACUGUGGCAGGGCCUCAAAAUGGUGAGGAAGAGGUAGAUGGAAUGGGAAUUUCGUGCUCAUGUUCUGGCCUGGGAGAAAAAUUAGUCGACAAUGAUGACUGAACAUGUUGUCUAGAGAUAGAGGAUGAGUCUACUCUGGAUGGUGGAGUAGGCCAGAGGUUGAACCAGAUGAAUCUUGUUCCUGUAAGUUUUACGGAGUUGCAAUAAGACUACAAUGUUUUUUUAACGCCCCAUGGCUAGUUGAUAUAGAUUGCAUUUGUGUCAUGGAAUAAUCUCUCCUGGAAUUUUAUUUUAUUUUAUUUUAUAGAACUCCCUGUAUGUUGUUUGCAGCAGCAUCACGUUGAGACUUUCUUGGCAGCACGUAUUAUAAAUAGCUAAAAACUGAAUGAAAGUGACGUCCUUUGUUCUUCUAAAGGAUGCCUGUAUACUGAAAUAAAUUGGAUAUACAUCUGCUGCUCUCAUAUUAAACGAAUUCUUAUAUGUUAUGAACAUUUUGACUAUAUUAUAAUGAUUCUUUAUUUAA